CACCUCUUAUAAAAAAGAGAUCAACACUACAGUGUAAGCAUUAAGCAAUCAUAGAGGGUUUGGUUUGGGUUUGGAACUCCCUCUCUCUUUCUCUGCUUUCAAACACAACAUCGUCGACGACAUCACAAACCACCACAACAACUUGAGCAAUCAUCAUGCUUCCUCUUUCCCUUCUCAAGACUGCUCAAGGCCACCCUAUGUUGGUGGAGCUGAAAAACGGGGAGACAUACAACGGGCAUUUGGUUAAUUGCGAUACAUGGAUGAACAUCCAUCUUCGAGAAGUCAUUUGCACCAAUAAAGAUGGAGAUAGAUUUUGGCGGAUGCCUGAGUGCUACAUUCGAGGCAAUACAAUUAAGUACCUUCGAGUUCCUGAUGAGGUUAUUGACAAAGUUCAGGAAGAAACCAAGAGCCGUACUGAUCGCAAACCACCUGGCGUUGGACGUGGGAGGGGAAGAGGAGGUAGGGAGGAAGGUGCUGGUGGGCGCCCGGCAAAAGGACCUGGGCGUGGUUUUGAUGAUGGUGCUAAGGGACCUGGUGGCCGUGGCAGAGGCGGCUUAGGUGGAAAGCCUGGUGGAAGUAGAGGUGCAGGGAGAGGUAGAGGUUGAUUCUUACAAGUGAUGCGGAGUUCUUGUCUUUCAUGCGUACCAGCAGCAGACUUCACUGCACCCAUCUUUACUGUGCAUCCUUGAUUUUACUUUCCAAAUGUUUUUCUUGUGUUAAUGGCCUCUCUCACUAAAAUAUUAGUGCUAUAAUGUUCCUCAAGGAUGGCUUCUAAUCCCGCUGGCAAACAAAUGAUGGGGCAAUCUAUCUUUAAUUUAUAUUUAGCCUUGGUAUAUUUAAGGGUGUUCCUUUGACAUUGUACAUGAAUUGAAACGUUUAGGGGUUUUUUAACUCAUGUUCGAUUAAUUUCCAAGGCAGUUAAAGAUUCUCCUUUUCUUUUUUGUUAAGCUCUCGUGUUGUAUGUUGAUUCUGGUCUGUUUUCAAGGCCGUAGUAACCAUAAAACUGCUUAAAGUUGCUUGCAGAAUCUAGCUGUAUCUGCAAUUUGGUUCCA